UAAGCUUGUCUGAACUUUGACUUGCUAUACAUUUCGAUACUUUGGAAAAAUCUGAUCAAGGAUCGAGUCCAGACCACGUGCGCCCAGAUUCGUUCACAGGCUGAGGCUAGGCUGCGUCUUCUAGUCGUCGUCGCCGUUCUCGACGACUCUUCUUACUCCGUAUCUUCCACCAUGCCCUCAGAGUUCUUCACUGCUCUCGACGACCAACCUCAGAUUGAACACGUUCAGGCAAAGGUCUGCUCGUCGUGCCAUCGUCCAGUCGACCCAACAAGCCAUCUCUUUCUCCUCGCUGCCGACGCCAUCGUCUGCGCAGCAUGUGGUCCCAUUCACGGCCCACAGAUAGACUCUAGGACGUCCUGUAUCGACGUCGAUAGCGCCUUUCUCCGUCUCGGACGCCCUACACACGACCAGGACCCAUCAGAUACGCAGCGACCAGCGCCCCCGCCGCCCCCAAACUUCGCCAGCAAGUUCUCGUCUUUGUCCGUUCAUACCCCGACGACGACCGUCUCAUCGUCGCAGCUACCCCAGCCCCAUGCACCGAUUCUCCCAGUGGCAAGUUCCAACCGCAGGCAUACCGCCCUGGUCUCACUUUCUCCUAACCCUCUCACCGAUAUCACUCGUCUACGAGUUCGCACACAGGCUCACCACUGUCUUUACCCAGGCGCCUCUUUCCAGGGAACACAGAAGAGUGGGCGAAAUAGCUAUGAUGUCACGGUAACCAUCGUCGACGUCGAUUUCUCUUCGUCGUUCCUCUGCGGUUACCUUUGCAUCCGAGGUCUCACCGAAGAUUAUCCCGAGCUCACCACAUACUUUGAUGCCGAAAUCAUUGGCAGCCGCUACGGCUUUCGCACUCAAAACUGGGGCGCCAACGAGGCCGACGAUAUGGUCCAUUGGUCCCGCUUCCCCGCCUUCCGUCACGUUAAGCACGACCUCAAAAGACCCCAUUAUACCAUUCCUGACCGCGACCGAGGGGCCGUGUUCAUGCGAUGGAAGGAGCGUUUCUUGGUCCCGGAUCACCGCGUACAGGAUAUCAAUGGCGCGAGUUUUGCCGGUUUCUAUUACGUCUGUGUCGAUUUUAACCCCGCCCAGUCCUCUCAAAAUGAAGAGCCGACGUCGCCCAUGGCAAAAUCCGAGUCUCGCGAGCGACGCGAGUCAAGUGCCCGUCGAUCUCCUUCUGCCGGCCCGCGUCUAACCGCUCCACCUGCAGCAACGAUGAGUGGGUUUUACUAUCACCAAAACUCCGAGCCAUACCAGCAGCUCACGUUGGCUCAUGUUCCUGAACGGGCUAGCUCUAGCUUUGAAUUCCGUUAAACAUCGUGUCCAGUACUUACCUUUCUUAUACCUUUUCUCCCACCUCCGUGUCGUGUCUUGUGUAUUGCUCUCUGUACAAUUGAUCUUUAGCCAUGUGAUAUAAUUCAUUUUGCACGACCCGGUCAAACCAUAACUGUGAUGA